AUGGACGCCCCAGUUACUAGCAGUGACAUUCCGGGCUUGAGCAGCCUGGUAGAUCAAAGAGUCACGCCCUCCCCCGUACCCUCCAUGCAUCUACCAGCGCCAGUACCUACACCACCACAUGGCCAUCAAGAGCCGUUGCAGCUCCAGCCACUUCAGCAAUAUCAUCAGCUGUCUCAAAUGCCAGUCGACCGCGCCGACUCACCACACGGAUCAGAGCAUUCUCGGUACUCUGCACCACCGAUGAACGGUAGCAGCAUGGACAACAGUCGCCCAUACGGUUCGCCUUCAGCGAUGCAUGCUCCACUACAUAUCUCGCCACCGACAAGCCUGCCCCUGGGCUCCAACAUCUCAUUACCGGCCAUACAGCAGCCGAUUCUGGCACCCGCUCCUCCUGCAAUGAUGUCCGUCUAUCCGCCAGUCAAUCAGCCGCCGCCCCCAGUAAAGGCGUAUCCCUGCAGUACUUGCGGUAAAGGAUUCGCACGGCGUAGCGAUCUUGCUCGUCACGAGCGCAUCCAUAGCGGCAUCAGGCCGCAUGUUUGCGAUCACCCUGGCUGUGGAAAACAGUUUAUCCAGAGAUCUGCUUUAACGGUUCACAUGCGUGUUCACACCGGUGAAAAGCCACACAUGUGUGAACGUUGCGGCAAGCCAUUUAGCGACUCGAGUUCCUUGGCCAGGCACAGGCGUAUUCACUCAGGGAAGCGUCCGUACAAGUGCCCGUAUGCUAACUGCCAAAAAACCUUCACUCGACGCACGACCCUGACGAGGCACCAGAACCACCACACGGGCACGAUCGAAGAAGCGGCUCUGGCGACCCGGGAGGCAUUGUCUCGUGAUCCUAACACAACCGCACGACUGACGCCUGGUGCACACCACCGUUCGGAUGGAGAGGCCGCUGUCACCUCAAACCAUGCAUCGCCUCUUACAACGCCAUCUCCGGCACACCGCACUCACUCAAUGUCACCGUCUAAUGAGUUGGCUGGAAUUCACACCUUGCAAACCCAAUAUCCGAACAGCUCUCUCCCGAGCCAUCUCCGAAGUGACGUCCACAUUGCCAGCCCUACAUCAACUACCUCCUCUGGAUACAAUGGCAAUCGCCCCACGUCACACCCGAGCGGCUAUGGACCACCUUCGGUCCUGGAGCCCAGUAUCGAGACGCGCCCAGGUCCUGGCAGUGCAAGCGGGAGCCCUCAUAUGGGCAGCAUAGGCUGGCAGUCUCCGUCGCAUACAGGCUCCCCUUCACACAGUGCAAGUGGAUUUGUCUAUCCCGACCCCGAGGCUUAUCCUGGUCACGCUGGCCUGUCAGGAAACCUGGGGUCUCUGUUUUACGGCAGUGCUGUUAAUUCUACGCGGGCUGGGAGCUCUGAACCAGGCCAAGGGGGCGACUACUCCAAGCCAAGGACCAGUGAACUGUGGGCAUCUGCUCAAUGA